GCAUUCAUGGACAGUAGCAUACAUGCAAUCUACAUACAUACAAUCUACAGUACCUACAUUACUCCAUCUUGUCCCUGACCGAACGAGACAGCUGCAUGAACGACUCUCUCCUCUUUUCACCACUCUCUUACCAUCCGCCCGGAGUCUCUUGUGCUGCGUGUUUGAGACACGCCGAGAGUCAGAGUCAGAGUCGGAGUCAGAGAGAGAAGAAGAAAGAUAAGAAGAGCGUCCUCUUUCUGCAUACCACUACUAGGGACUGCAGCAUAGUCCCUGACGCCGCUGCGGGUUCGGCCGCCUCUGCUUCCUCCUCCAUCAUCCAUCUCAUCUCAUCUCAUCUCGCGUGCGCGCCACCCCGAUUUCUGGACAUAUCCGUUCGCCAACGUCCGACUCCACGCGACAUUGGCGAUUUCUUUUCAUCACCUGCGGGGUCCCCGCUUUCCUCUUUCGUUCUGCUUGGAACCUCGCUCUGAACGUCGUCGGCCAUCAUCAUUAUCAUCAUCAUCGACAUGGGCGACAUUGCGAUGGAGCCGUAUGGGAAGCACCCUCAUACCCAUGAGGAUGUCUUCCCCGCCACCGCUUCUCCGGCCGACAGCUUCGACGAUGAUGAGGUCAAACAGGUGCAGGCGCGGGAUUACGAUCCACGAUAUGAUCAACGUGAUAUGAGACGGUUGGGUAAAAAGCAAGGUG